ACCUCAGUUCAAUGAAUCUUUAGCGCCACGACCAUUUCUCUCUUGCUCCAAUCGCUCUCAGUGCGUCAGCCUCUACGGUCGAAAACUGUGCACUAUAUUUUCGCACCAUAUAAAAACAUCUGCAAUUGGGUCACUCCUUGACCACCAUCUUACGUCUUGCCUUCCCACACAUCCGAAGAACUUCCGCAAUCAUGUCGGCCCCUCACUUCUGGUCAACGCCAUUGCGAUACCUUCGCUGGGCCUCACACGAAAAGCCUGCCAUUUUCUACUCAAUUGUUCUCGGUUCCUUCGGCCCUGUCUCUCUCGCUGUCGUACCGCCCAUCCGCCGCUACUUUGGUGACGUUGAUCCUGAGACGAUUCCGCUUUCGUAUCCAAGUUUUUCCUAAGGGUCCUCGUGUGAUCCCUCAAGGCUUCGACGACGAGUAGAUAUAUUUACGCCUGUGAUAUGGAUUCACUAGUGUUAGGCCGAACCACCGGUCUUUACUGGCCAAAUUUGACUGUGUUUUGAUAUUGUCUGGGAAUUGAGAGGAAGGCAGCCAAAGAGCGAACAACUUCCCCAGUGGUUACCGGACAGCAAACGAGUUUCACAUAAUUUGAAACAUUUCAUUAUCGGUAUUCUCAAAUUGGUGGAGUUGAUAUUGUACAUAUAGAAGUGGAUGGACUCGAAGCAUACAACCUAUUUUCCUGUGUUGAAGUGAUGCAAUAAAUUGCCAUUAUCGAAGUGU